CGUCCUGUAGCAGCUGCAUACCCGUGUUGAUGUAGGGUCUGUCACAGCCAGGAAUCACUGCAGAGCUUGGGCUGUGAUUGUGGUUGAUGCCGAUAUAGCAAGAGAGCCUGUGACCUGAGCACAGGUUGGACAGGCUGUGUGUAUUAUCCGUGUUCUGAUACCACACAGCAUAGGUGAGCAGUGGGUACUGACAUGGACAGUGUUUCCUCAGCCUCUUCUCUGCAGUUCCUUGCUAAACUGCUUUGCGAUGCUCCAGAGGAUGAUGAUGAUGAUGGUGAAGAUGUGCUGCGCUCUUCUGUUAAUGCCAUGACUCCUGGUACUAUUGGACCAGUAAAGAAAGAGAGCACUGGUACUUUUCAGGUGAAAUCUGAAAACAAUAAAACUAUUUGGAAUACAGAGGAGGUCCCAGAAGGAUCUGAAUAUCAUGAUACCUGGGACCCUAGAGAACAGCCAGAGUAUGAGAUUUUAUUCAAACAAUGUGUGGGAACAGAGGAUGUCUUCUUUGGGAUGAGCAGGAAAGACCACUCCACAGCCUGCUGUGAAGAUAUAGUGAUUAAAAUCAAACUGCCAGAGACAAAGAACUCGGACAUCACAUUAGAUAUUCAGGACAAGGUUCUUGACCUCCGAACUCCCAAAAAAAAGCUGCUGCUGCACCUCCCCUACUGUGUGGACAGCAAGAAUGGGAAAGCUCGUUUUCUCUCUGAAGAGGAGACCUUGGAAGUCACCUUGAGAGUAUUGAGGGAGUUUGAUUUCAUAAAUUUUGGUUGAUGGACAGAGAAAUGGAGAAAGUUUGCAGAAAGUAAUCUCUUAGUUUGGAGUCUUUGUGAAACCUGACUGAAACAGGAGAUUGUUUCCCUUGAAUGGUGCAGGGGGAAUAUCCCUGAAGAAACUGAAUAAGUCAGGAGUAACAUAGCACCCAUAGCCUGUAUAAGCUGAGGCUGUCCAGCUCUAGUGCUGCUCUAAUGUCCUGCUUCCUUCAGUCUCAUACAGGCUCUGUGAAUCAGCAAUGGGAGAUUACAAUUCUGUAAACCAGAGAGGGUUUUUUUUUGUGGUUAUGGCUGAUGAGCAGCACAACGGGGCUCUGGCCAAUGACACUGGUACUUCAAGACCUGCAAAUGAUAAUAUUCUUGCUUGGUCU